AGUGGUAAGGAGUCUUUUCAAAAUAUAAGAGGAAUAAAGAAGCCACCUCCCCACCUUUCACCGUCUUCUAACAGAUUGCACAAGAAUAUUUCAAGCACAACAGAGAAGGCAGUGCGUCCAGCCCUAGAUGAUGACCAGCCCUGUGAUUUUUUCAAGAAAGGGAGUAGGGUGAGUGAAUCUCAUCAGAAGAGCAGUUUUGUUCCUCACAGCAGCAUGGAUGCCGGCCGGUCUUGGAAUAAAGUGCCACGUUGGAAGAACGCUUCAGGGAAAAGGCAGAGCGAGCCCGGAGGCCUCCCUGUUCCUUCCAGGCCAAAGGGCAGCCUCCUCCGCGUCUCCCCUCCGGCUGGGGAGGAGCUUGGAGGAAGCAUUUUCCCAGAAGGUAAAGCCGAAAGGAGUCCGCUGCGGCCCGGUGGUCCGGGGGCCUCGGGAAACAAGCUGCUGCUGGACUUCCAGUCCCUGAGGCUCAUGAAAGAGGACUCCGAGGACAGUGCCAGCGACCUCUCCGACUCGGAGCGCGUCCCCUGCCCCCCGUCCCCACGCACGCCACCAGACCUGCGUCUACGAGCGGAGGAGAUCGACCCGGUCUGCUUCGACCUUGAUCUUCAACCAGGUCAGGGCCACGCCAGACCCGAAUACUGCUACCCCGACUUCCUCCCGCCGCCUUGUAACUCCUGGGACUUGCGGGACAUGGCUCUGCUCGCCAACACGGAGCCCAGGCCGGCCCCCGCGCCACGCGCAGGAGGGCUUCUGGGGAAGUACGUGGACCGGCUGGUGCAGCUCGAGUGGCUGCAAAUCCUGACUGUCCAGGGCGAGAGAGCAAAGGCGGCGGCCAAAGCCCGGCUGCCCCCCGCGCCUGGGACCUUGCCGGGGCCCGCGGGGCCUCUGAAGAGCCCGGGGAGAAGCAAGCCCCCGGCCAGCGCUGGGUCCAGGCCCCACCAGGACGGCGCCCCCAAGUCGGGCUCUUCGCGGAAGAAAGGCGCUCCCCGCCAAGGCCACCCGCCCCACUGCUGGUUGGAGACUUCCGCUAAGCCCCUGGACGGGCUCAGCACCAGCAGGCUGUGCUCUCAGAAGCACGCCCCGGGCGCACGGGCCGAGGAGACGAGGGGCUGCAGGAUCCCUCGGCCGCGCUGGGACAUGGCCGGCAGCGACAGCAGCCGCAGAAUGGAGAGCAGCAGUAACCUCCGCGGCCCGACGCCCCCCGGGAACCUGGACGCAGCAGACCCCCCCAAGACCUCCAGAACGCAAGCACAUGCAAAUCCGAGGAAAAAGGGAAACGCAGAUAACUGUGGUCAGGCCUCCGUAGCCAGUGAGAAAAAACUCAGAACGAAUGGAGGAAAGCAGAACCCACGUAAAUUCAAAUAACAUCCGAAAUGGUGAGCUGUGAAGACCAGCAGAACCCUAAAUAUGAGGCCCCCGGUAGUGACAAGAUUCAAAUGUCAAGAAGCGUUAUGAUUACUGCCACUUUGGGGCUGCCUGGCUCCUCAGUCCCCCCACCAGGUAUUUUCAACAAAAGGAUGCUGGGAAGCCUUUCUUCAUGUUGACAGUCUUAAGAAAUGACAGCCAUUGGGUAAUAAUUAACCAAGGUCUGUACCAGGUAAAGGAACAGAGUGACAACUCCCCCGGCAAGAGUUAACUGAGCCGGUGGGCUGUGGAGAACAGAACUUGGAGGUUGAGCUCCACUUUCCCUUCACGAGAGCAGCGCCCACAGUUUAACAGUGCCGGUCACCAGCGUCCAAGACGGUCGGUGCCGGGUGCCAGUGUCCGAGGUGGUCAGGGCUCUCUCUUUUGUCCCCAUCAUGAGCCCUCCAAGCAGAAGCUGUCCUAUUCAGCCCUAGAAGUUCUGGCUCCUUGUCAAAUUGGGGAGCAUGGAUUUUGAGCAAAAUCAUUUAUCACAAAGCCACCUGCUACACAGAGACCACAGAAUCUAGUGUUUUCAUACAUUUUCCUGGAUGUUGGUUAAAAAGAAGCAGCAUCUUAAAUUUGUGUUCUCUAAGCUGAGGAUGGGAAGUCAGUGGGUGAGCGGGACGUGCUGUUUGGAGGGCCAGCGUGGAAUACGUGGCACCCCAGCCCUGAAGAGGAGCCACCGUAUAGAGUUUGUGGACAAAGGGCCUCUGAGCUAGAAACACAUGGAACCACUUGGAAUGUAACAACUAUUACAUUACUGAUUUGGGACCCAGAUCCUGCUGUCGGAGGUCAGAAUAAUGAUCUUUUUAGUUUGCAAGAGCAGGAGUUCAGAAUCUGGCUCAGCGGGGUCAGAGUGGGCCGUGGAUGGGGAUGAAGGUGCUGCAUGUCUUCCUGGCAGGCUUGGUGGCCCCGCGGCUGCGGACUCCAGAGGCUUCCUGCUUCACUGCAGUUACGUCACAUCUAAGUGUCCCUGGGGCUGUGCCGUGAGAUUCUGCUGAUGUUAGUGGGAAUAGCUCUGAAACCUUUGUUUGACUACCUUUUGCUGCACAGUAUGUUUUUAAAUUUAUCUUUUUAUUGUUGACACUAUUACAGCUGUCCCCAUUCCCCUCAUCCUUUGCCUACUUCCACCUGCCCCCCCCCCUUCCCUCUGGCCAUCACUACACUGUUGUC